CGCCUUAUAGUUUAAGCGAUUACAUCUACUGAUGAUCAGAUGAAUACGAACGGAGCGGCUCUUCGGCUGCAUCGCUGGUGGAAGUGCGGGUUUAAUCGGCGCGAGGUUGGGCCCGUGGGGAACGCCGGGACGUCGCAAACAUGAGCGCGAGAGCGGAGGGGUUCCUCCCGGCGGACCUCAGGGGCGGCUUCACUGAGGACGCCCCGCGGCCCCCCGUGCCCGGGGAAGAGGGCGAGCUGGUGUCCAGCGAUGCGCGCCAUUCCUACCCUGCCAAGGCCUCCGUGGCCAUGCCCCGGCGCCCCGACCUGGACCUGGGGUACGAGCCCGAGGGCAGCGCCUCGCCGACGCCGCCCUGCCUGAAGUGGGCCGAGUCCCUGCACUCUCUCCUGGACGACCAGGACGGGAUCCACCUGUUCCGAGCGUUCCUGGAGCAGGAGCGCUGCGCCGACCUCCUGGACUUCUGGUUCGCCUGCAGCGGCUUCCGGAAGCUGGAGGCCGGCCACGAGCAGGCCGAGGAGAAGAAGCAGAAGCUGGCCAAGGCCAUCUACCGGAAGUACAUUCUGGACAACGGCGGGAUUGUGUCUCGGCAGAUCAAGCCCGCCACCAAGAGCUUCAUCAGGGACUGCGUGACGAGGCUGCAUAUCGACCUCGCCAUGUUCGACCAGGCCCAGACCGAGAUCCAGGCCGCGAUCGAGGAGAACACCUACCCUUUGUUCCUCAAAUCCGACACGUAUUUGGAAUACGCCAAAAUGGGUGGGGAGAGCCCCAAACCGUACGGAGAACCCGCGCCCCCAGGGAGCGGGACGGCUCUGCGGGGCUACCUGCCCACUCUCAACGAGGACGAAGAGUGGAGGUCGGGGGCGGAGUCGGGGUGCGACCACACCGCCACCAACCAGCUGACCCAGCAGCUGCUGAUGGAGCUGUCCCCCCAGCGGGUGGGCGCCAAAACCAGGUGCCGGGACAGUCGGGAGUACAGGCAGUCGGCCCGCAGGGAGCCACCGAGCGGUUACUACGCCAACGCGGGCUACGCCGUGGCUCCGCCCACCAGCGCCAACGACAGCGAGCGGCAGAGCAUGUCCAGCGAAGCCGACACCCUCUCGCUGACUGACACCAGCCUAGAUGGGAUUCCUCCAUACCGGCCGCGGAAACCGAAUCAGCGGGAGCUGCACGAAAGUGCCAAGACAAACGGGCAGGUGCCUCUAACUCAUAUUCCUCGCACGCUCCGGAUGCCCAAGAACAUCCAUGUGGAGCCGGAGAGGUUUGCCGCAGAGCUGAUCGGCCGACUGGAGAGCGUCCUGAGGGACCGGCAGGCUCAGGAGCAGCUGGAGGAGCGGCUGCAGAGGGUCCGCCUGGAAGAGGAAGGUGAGGAUGCAGAGGUCUCAGUGGCGCCCUCUCUGGCCGGUCACAGGUUCUGCGCCGCGCUCUACCCUCCACACCGCGGCGGGGCGGCGGCUCCGGACGCGCACGAGGAGGACCCCGAGAGCAUCCUGGACGAGCACGUGCAGAGGGUCAUGAAGACGCCCGACCGCCAGUCGCCCGUAUCGGGCUCCCCCCGCGGGCCCCCCGCAGACCUCCAGGGCUGGUGCCAAGGCGCCCAGACGGGCCCCAGGGGGGCGGAGGUGGCGGGAGCCUGGCACCACAGGCACGGCCACAGGAGCCCCAGGGAGCCCCAGGGAGCCGAGGCGGCGUUCAGGGGUCGCAGGGGCCACGUUUGGCCCGGCGAGCCGCACCCCGGAGGCUAUGCCGACGGCACGGCCGCGCCUCUCAGGCCCACGGAGCGGUUAGGAUACGGCAAAUGCCACGCCCUGGAGCUGUCUGUGCCCCCGGAUAUGCUGGAGAGGAACCAGAAGAUCGUCCAGUGGAUGAUGGAGGGAGAGGAGAAGGCAGGCCGGCACAAGAAGGCCCCCUAUGGUGGGUCUGCUGAGUCCAGGAGGAGCCUGAGUCACGAGGUGUCCUGGCCCGCUUCGGUGGAGCACCCCUGGGUCAGCGCCCAGGCACGCCACACUGUGCAGCCCUCUCACCCCUUCAUCCAGGACCCCACCAUGCCCCCCAACCCGGCCCCUAACCCCCUCACCCAGCUGGAGGAGGCUCGGCGGCGGCUGGAGGAGGAGAGGCGCCGGUCCGGCUCCCUGCAGACCAAGCAGAGGUAUGUGAUGGAGGUGAUCGAGAGGGGUCGCGCCGCCCGGCCGGCCGUGCUUCCGCCCCUCAGCCUGGUGCCGGCCGUCUCCCACACAGAGCUCUCCCCGCACCAGAGUAAAAGUAUGAAGCGAGUGCCCUGUGAGAACAUGGUGGUGGCCUAUUACUUUUGUGGAGAGCCCAUCCCGUACCGGACCUCCAUCAAAGGCAGUGCAAUCACCCUGAGCCAGUUUAAGGAGCUCCUCACCAAGAAAGGAAAUUACAGAUAUUACUUCAAGAAGGUGAGCGAUGAGUUUGACUGUGGCGUGGUGUUCGAGGAGGUGCGUGAGGACACUGCCAUCCUGCCCAUCUUUGAGGAGAAGAUCAUCGGAAAAGUGGAGAAGGUGGACUGAAGCCUGGGAGAGGAGACAGAGGCAGGCUUACGCAGAGAGAGGGAGGCACACGCAGAGAGAGGGAGGUGCACGCAGAGAGAGGGAGGCACACGGAGAGAGAGGGAGGCGCACCC